AUGGUGGGCGUGCCGCAGCAUCUCUGUAUGAAAGCCAUGUGCCGGACCGCAGACGGCCACAAGAAGAAGCUUUACGCACAGCAACACUUGACAUUUCCGGUAAUAAUCUGUCUUCCAAAAGACGACAUGUUGCUGCUGAGGACUUUCGCUCCCUGGCUGCUGUUGGCCCUCCUCGGGCGGCAGGUCUCCCUGUCGUCCGCGUCCGGUGCGCUCAAUAAGACCCGCGGAGCGGACAAGAGCGCGGUCCCGGCCCCCGGCAGAGCGCAGAGGAGCGGGGGCAAGGGCGCAGCGACCGGUCGGGGCAAGUUCUCCCUCAAGGACAAGAUGCAGUGCACGUGGGGAGCGAGACAGGCCGGGGACGAGGUGAGGCUGUCGGUCGACUGUGAGAGCCCGGAGGCGCGCGUCAAAGGCGGGGUGACCGACCUGAGGUGCGAAUACGCCGCCAAGCCCCAGAGCUGUCCGGGCUACCGGUCCGACCCCAAGGGCUUCUGGAAACAGGUGGCCCGCGCGCUCAAAAGGCUCCAAGGCAAAGUGUGCAAGGACGAGCGCGCGCUGGCGAAGGCUGGCAUGUGUAAGCGCGCGCCCCGGGACGCGCACUUCAAGCUGGACGCCGCCAGCUCCGUGAGCUCCGCUCAGUCCGGAGAGCCCGAGGUCCCCCCGCCGCUGCCGCCCCGCGCCACCUCCGCCGGAGCCCCAGCCUGCGCGGGGCGCGCGGACCGCCGCAAGACGGCCGAGGAGUACUGCAGCAGCUCGUGGGCCAGCGUGUGCUCCUUCUUCCUCUCCAUGCUGCAGAACGACGACUGUUAG